CUUGUUCAAAUUCGACUUCCAUGUCGUUUGACUUCUGAGGAGCCAAACUCUGAGGAAGGAGCCGUAAAUCCGUUGCCCAACCCACAGCAAGAAGGCAGUAGGAGGAAACUUAAUCGAGAACAUAUCUCUGCUCAGAAGGAGAGGGACUCCUGAAAAGAAAAGCUAAAUUCAAAGAAUUUGGGUUUUUUUUUGCUAUUUUUAAAAAUGGCAGGUGUGAGUGGCUGUAUAAAAUAUUCAAUGUUUAUCUUCAACUUCUUUUUCUGGUUAUGUGGUUCUCUUAUCCUGGGAGUAUCAGUCUGGCUUCGUAUAAGCAACAGCGGUCAAGAGUUUCUGAAAUCAGGUGAGUCCAAAGUGGAUCUGAAUCCAGCGAUUGACCUAUUGAUUGCAGUGGGCACCACUAUCAUGGUACUGGGCUUCCUCGGCUGCUGUGGAGCUGUGAGAGAAAGCGAGUGUAUGCUUGCCCUGUUUUUCAGCGGAUUGCUUCUGAUACUGAUUCUUCAGGUAGUGGCAGGGGCCCUAGCUGUCACAAAAAAUCCUCAGAUUGAACGGACUUUUAACAAGACCGUCGAAGAAAAACUACCCCUUCUACUAUUGACAGGGCCUGAAUCUGAAAAAUUUCAGGAUCUUUUAAAAGGAUUUCAGAAGAAGUAUAAAUGCUGUGGCUUAGUCAAAGGAUAUGAAGAUUGGGGAGAUAACUUUAAAAACCAUUAUGAAAGCUGUAGAUGUCCCCAGGAGGUUAUAGACAAAUGCUUGAAGUGGAAGGAAGACAUCUAUAUUUACCAAAAGUCGUGCAGAACUGCGAUAAUGGAAUACCUCAAGAACAACCUCCUUAUAGUUGCUGGCAUUGCAUUUGGAUUGGCCAUUGUGGAGGUCCUCGGUUUGGUGUUUUCUCUGAUUUUGCUCCUCCAGAUUGGGAAGAGUUGAAAAUGCAGAUAUGUUGAAGAUUCACCAGUCAGACGUUUGUCUCUUUCCCACUUGUUUUUGGCUUUCGAUGUUCAAGUAGACAUCAGGAGCAGCUGUUCUGCUCAAUUAUAUCAUAGAGCCAGAUACAUAAAUAUCUUCCAGAAUGAAACAUAUUUGAGAUCUGUGAGACAGAGUUGAUGCUUUGAGUAUCAGUUUUCCUUGCAAUAAAACAUUUGUUCAUACGGUGA